UGCUUCCGGGUUCUACUCGGUGUCCUCCGUCACUUCAGCUUUCAGUUUUAGCUUUUAAUUCUAGUUUUUAUGCUACUUUGAAAGACCUACCUUUUAGUUUCUAACUGUUUAAUGUGUGUACUUUGGCCGGAUGGCCGAUCGUGUAUACUUGCUCGGCGGAUUUUGAGUUUUUAGGGCGUCUGUGCGGACAGUGACCCAGCCGCACCCGAACUGCAUUAGCGUUUCGCUAACUUUUAGCAAAACACGUCUUUCUUUCUGCCUAUAACUGGAUUUCGGAAUAUGACACCACUCGCACGACAGUAAUAAACCUCCAUAAAUACAUCGGCCAAGCGUGAUGCCUCUUCAACACCCUUCCUGCCAUUUACUGUACACCGGAGUGACUGCUGCUACCGGGUUUUGGGCAUCCAUUCACCUCCUGUCGCAGCUGGAAACCAGAUGAGCAACUUCAGACAGUAGCUCCACUUGUCUUUAUAACAUUUGCAGCAUUCCCCUGCAAGGCAGCAACAGUGCACUACGACAUCAUCGGAAGUAUUUGUCAUGGCUUAUGAACCACGCCGAGGAGACAGCAGUUCUUCAACAGGCACUGUAGCUUUCACAGCCAAGCUGAAUAUCAGUGACAGCUACCCAAAACACUGUGGAGUCCUGAAGUUUGCCACCGUGCUGGUCAACGAGGGAGGAGGCUACAGUCCUGACACAGGUGUCUUCACCUGCCCCAUGGAUGGCUUCUAUCACUUCACUGUGCAUGUGUCUGUGUAUGGGCGUGGACAGUGUGGUAUACACAAAAAUGGGGAGAAGGUGGUGUCUCUGUAUCACACCACUCUGCCUGAUAAGUGUAGCCAAGUGGCAAGUAUGAGCAGUGUCAUCAAACUGUCUAAGUACGACGAGGUCUGUGUGCAACUCUGGGGGCCUGACAGAAACGAUAUCUUUGCAACUGAGGAUAAUGACACUGUCUUUGCAGGGGUUCGUUUGGGCUAAUAACAACAUCAAAAUGUCAAUAAAGUUUGUUUCCUGAAUGUUAA